AUGAGAGCCACCAGAUAUCUACUAAACGCAGCUCAAAAACAAAAACCAGGUCUCGGAAUUCCGGUCGAAUUGACGCCUCUUUUCCUAGCUAUGGGCGUGGCCAUGGGCUCUGCGUGCUGGUUUUCCUACAAGAAGUUUAGAUUCGACACCAGUUUGAGAGUUGGCAGAACCAACCCUGACAGAUCGGGCCUACAGAAAGUGUUGGAAGAAAACAAAAACUAA